CAAACGAGGUGAAUAAACUGGACGGCUAUAAAUGGUGUUUACAUUUACUCUAUAAACGAGUUUUUCUGUCCGCGUAGAAAAAAAACAAGUUAUAUUUCUUAGUUCACGCUUUGUAUUCUUUCUUUAGAAACAGCUGAAACAUAAUGAUAGAUAUCCGACUUCGAUAAAUCAUCCACUCUACACAUAUGCAAAUGACGAUCGUAGAGAAAUAAGUGGCGGAUAUGACGGUUAGAUUCACUUAUGCAUUGUACGAUGUGCAACGUUGAAGAGUGCGAAUCAAACUCGCACACGCUCAUACAUUGCAAGUUUGUCGACGUUUGCGCCGUGCGUCGCAGAGCGCGGUCCCAGCCUCUCGGAAGUAGACAUACCCACAGAUCGUGAAACAUGGUUUACCAGAGUACGCAGGAUAGAGAUGUGUCGGCUAGCCAAUCGUCGUAUAAACUUGAUGAUGCUAUUAACCAUAUAGACUUUGGCCGCUUCCACAUUAAGUUCUUGUGUCUAGUUGGCUUAACCUACAUGGCAACAGCGUGUGACGUGGGUAUGAUAUCUGUGAUUGGUCCAUCUUUGAAAUGUUACAUGGGUUUCGAUAGCCUUCAAAUAGGUUUAUUAUCUUCCGCAUACUUCUUACCACGAAUAAUAGGACAAGCCAAAUUCGGCGAAUUUGCUGACCGAUUCGGCCGCCGGCCGAUUAUAAUGUUGUUAAACGUCUGGCAUUUCUUCUAUGUAUUCCUUAUAAUAUUUUGCCCUAAUAGCUUUUGGUUAAUGCUUCUACGUUUAGUCAGCGGCGCAUCAGUGUCCCGAAGAGUUAUGGUAGGUUUAUUUUCUGAGUUUCUUAAGCCGCAGCAUCGGAAACUUCUUAUCCUCCAACAAUUGUUUUGGAUCAUUGGUAGCGGAACUCGGUUUCUCCUCGGGGCUGCCGUUAUUCCAUGGUUGGGGUGGAGGAGCUAUGUAGCAUGUACAGCAAUUCUCUAUUUCCUGGUGAUGAUUAUAAGCUGGUCCUUUUUACCUGAGUCUGCGAGAUUCUAUAAUGUGACAGGUCAGGUGCAUAUGGCUGAGAAAGUGCUUCAAAAAGUAGCCCGGUCCAAUAACAGUUCACUGCCACCAGGACGGCUAGAAAAACUAAAAGAGCAAAAGCGACGUGGUCGUUUAAUGGAAUUAUUUCGUCCAGCCUACCGAUGGGUAACGAUCCGUGUGUGGUUGCUAUUCUUCUGUGGGAUCUUCACAUACUACGGUAUAUAUGUGGGUAGUACUGACUUGGUGCAAGUCUCUGGAGUCAGCUUUAUGAACGAAAGGAACGAAUCAAUGAACGAUCUUGAAGCGUCGUGUAGCCUUUCCUUUAACAUUGAUAGUUUUAUGCUGUUAAGUAUAGCCUCAUUUGGUGAACUAGUAGGUGUACCUCUUAAUAUAUGGCUAGUAGAGAGGGUAGGAAGACCAUACACAUUGUCUCUAAAUUCUUUCAUAUCAGCUCUAUCGUUCCUUAUGAUGGCGUUUUUUACUGGCAAGGUGAUGUUAACCUUCUGGCUAGUGGGCGCCCUUGCAUUUACGGCAGGAAUAUUUACCAUUCUACAUAUGUACGCUCUGGAGGUCUAUCCAACAUCACUACGAGGUAUCGGAGUGGGAAGCUCAAUGGCGGUGGGAAUGGUUGGUGCCGCUAUAUCGCCAUUAGCAACACAGGUUCUAAUGCAUAAAAACCGAGAGAGUGCGCUAUUUAUAUUAACAGCAACUAGUGCAAUAUGUUGUUUAAUUCCUCUUACACAUAUGAAAGAAACAAGAGGAGAAAAUAUGGAGGAUUUCACUCGUUUAAUUGAAGAAGAGGAAACAGAGUUUAUAAACCAACAAUUUCAAAAAUAACGAUUCAUCAAUCUCUAGAAGAGAGACUUAUUAAAUAAUAAUGAUAUAUGUCAGUUGUUUGAACGUCAUUAUCAUCGUAAAAAUAUCAUGACGAGAGCAUGACAUUGGCAGGAUAUCAGGAGGACAAGAAGUUUCCAUAGCACGCUAUUGUAAUCAGUUUAUUGUUAAUUUCGGCGACAUGUCUAUAACUGUUUAGAUAUUGUGAACUAAUGCCUUCUAAGAAUUACACGACAGAAGGAUAUCGGCAUUAAGUACAAUACAAGUCUUUCUACGUGAUCGACCAAUGCACUUAAUUAAAUAGAUAAUUUCCGAAGUGCGUAAAUUUUCAUAAACUCUUUGAUUAUGUUUGGCGACAAAGGUUUGAUAACGUCCUGAGCUUGGCGGUGGCGGCGGGAUUGUUUAUUGGAGCCCGUGUCGUAUCUAACUCAAUUUCAAGUCACAAGCUAACUGUGAACUUCAAUAGAUAAACAUUUUCCAAAAUACAGUACCAUAUUCCUAGUUCAACCAUGGAGGUAUUACCUAUCUUUAUGGUUCCAUCCACUUUGUAAGUCCAAUUAAUUGAAACUCAACUUUAGGAACUCAUUGGCCGUCUAUUAUGUGUAUUCAGAUGGCUUUUGAAUUAUCAAAAAGACGAAAGCAAUAAUUUCGAUGAAGCAAUAUUUAAAAGUCCAGUUAACAAUGUAGAAAAUUAUAAAAUUUAUUUACAGUGUAGUACAUAUAAGUUUCACUGAAAAUAUAACUCAAUUGACUAAAUAAUUCAUUGGCUUUUUCGUGUGAUUGUGUAACCUAUAACUUCUAUUUCGUCUACUUAAUUCUACUUUUGUGGGUGUUAACUUUAAGUUUUAUUAAAUUUAAAUUUGACAUACAAAAUAUUGAUGAUAAUAAGAUAACAGCCAAAUAAAACUUUGAUUAAAAAUCA